AUGAGUGAACAAACAACACCACAAAUUUCCAACAGAAGAAGAAGAAAGCAACAACAAGAAGAUGCAGCAAUCACUACACCAUCUUCACCUCAACACACACCAGUUGACACACCAUCCUCACCAAUCAAUGCCUCCAACAUUCCAACACAAGUCGAACAAAAAGAUAUCAAAAAACUCUGUGAAGAAUUACAAAAUAACAAUCCACUGAUUACCACUGUUGAUUUGAGUCAUCAAAUUCUCUCAGUGAAUGAUAUUGCUCUCCUAUUGGAUGCUCUAACAAAGAAUCACUAUGUAGUAACUGUGGAUAUGACUGCAUGUGGUAUUAUUGAUCAGGCUGCUGAGUUUAUUGGUGAAUUUAUUGGUAUGAAUCAUAAGAGUAUUAGACAUUUGUAUUUGGAUUUGAAUCCAUUCUCUGAUGAAAAUGCAAUUCUCUCAAUUUUGGAUGGUUUACAGGAAAAUCAUCAAAUUGUGGAUAUGACUUUGAAUGAAAGUCUUUUACCUCAAGAACAUUUAGAUGAAAUGGAUAGAUACUUGUUACGUAAUGAUGAUAGUAAUACUACUCUCUUAAUAUUUUACAAAAUAUUGAUGAUUAAAAUGAUAGGAAAUUAAUUUCCUUUUUUUAA